UUUGAAGGACUUGCACAGUACAUGGCACAUAGUGAGUACUCAGUUAAUACAGAUUGAAAAAUUAAUGUUUAAUACAGUGUAGAAGUUUGGUGUUGACCAGGUUUCAUCUUCAAAGAGUAUAUAAUCAGUAGUCUUUUCGUAUCUUUAACUCCCAAAUAUUUAUGAUUUUUCCAAAUAACUAAUGAUCCUCAAAUCAUGUGGUUUUUGGCAGAUUCCCUUUGGGAUUGUAAAUAUUUACUUUUUGGAGACUAAUAUUGUUAUGCUUUAUUCCUGGAGCAGAGAAAGUCCAGAAAGUGCUGAUUUAACUGGAGGAUGCAGCCUGGAUGUGCCUCACUUGUGGCAGAACCCAGAGACCACGUUUGAAGUGUAUGUUGAAGUGGCCUAUCCUAGGACAGGUGGCACUCUUUCAGAUCCUGAGGUGCAGAGGCAAUUCCCGGAGGACUACAGUGACCAGGAAGUUCUACAGACUUUGACCAAGUUUUGUUUCCCCUUCUAUGUGGACAGCCUCACAGUUAGCCAAGUUGGCCAGAACUUCACGUUCGUGCUCACUGACAUUGACAGCAAACAGAGAUUCGGGUUCUGCCGCUUAUCUUCAGGGGCGAAGAGCUGCUUCUGUAUCUUAAGCUAUCUCCCCUGGUUCGAAGUAUUUUAUAAGCUGCUUAACAUCUUGGCGGAUUACACGACAAAAGGCCAGGAAAAUCAGUGGAAUGAGCUUCUUGAAACUCUGCACAAACUUCCCAUUCCUGACCCAGGAGUGUCUGUUCAUCUCAGCGUGCAUUCUUAUUUUACUGUGCCUGAUACCAGAGAACUUCCCAGCAUACCUGAAAAUAGAAAUCUGACAGAAUAUUUUGUGGCUGUGGAUGUAAACAACAUGUUACAUCUGUAUGCCAGUAUGCUGUAUGAACGCCGGAUUCUCAUCAUCUGCAGCAAACUCAGCACUCUCUUGAAGCAGAGAGGAGAGUGGCAGUUUAAGAAGGUUGGAAAUACUGGACCGGAGCCAGGCCCUCUCUGCCUGCACACUCCACUCUGCAUGUUCCAGCCGUUAAAAGGCCUAAGAGAUGUGACCCACCUAGCAUUGGGCCUGCCACAAAAUGAGCCUUUGGCAAAUGUCACUGUUCUUCCUUAUUCCGCUUCCCCAGAGAGGGCCAGUGGAAAUAUCCGUGUCCUCAUGGUGCUUCAAUUAUUUUUUCUUUCGGAAUUUUUUUAUUUGCAGAAAGUCAGAAACAUGGCCCUGGAUGAUGUCGUGAUCCUCAACGUGGACACCAACACCCUGGAAACUCCCUUUGAUGACCUCCAGAGCCUCCCAAAUGAUGUGAUCUCUUCACUGAAGAACCGGCUGAAGAAGGUCUCCACAACUACGGGGGAUGGUGUGGCCAGGGCCUUCCUCAAAGCCCAGGCCGCUUUCUUUGGCAGCUACCGAAACGCUCUGAAAAUUGAGCCGGAGGAGCCAAUCACCUUCUGUGAAGAAGCCUUUGUGUCCCAUUAUCGCUCGGGAGCCAUGAGGCAGUUCCUGCAGAAUGCCAUCCAGCUACAGCUCUUCAAACAGUUUAUCGAUGGUAGACUGGAUCUUCUCAAUUCUGGCGAAGGUUUCAGUGACGUUUUUGAAGAGGAGAUCAGCAUGGGCGAGUAUGCUGGCAGCGAUAAACUCUACCAUCAGUGGCUCUCCACAGUCCGGAAAGGAAGCGGAGCCAUUCUGAAUACCGUAAAAACAAAGGCGAACCCAGCUAUGAAGACUGUCUAUAAGUUUGCAAAAGAUCAUGCAAAAAUGGGAAUAAAAGAGGUGAAAAACCGCUUGAAGCAAAAGGACAUCACCGAGAAUGGCUGUGCCCCCACCAUGGAAGAGCAGCCGCCAAAGACUGUGCCGUCCCCACUGGUGGAGACCAAGGACCCUAAGCUCCGAGAAGACCGGAGGCCAAUCACUGUCCACUUCGGACAGCCACAAAGACUCCGUCCCACUCGCCCGCCGCCUCCCAAGAUACAGCGCUCGAGGCCCGUGCGCCCUCCCCGUCCACAUGUGGUAAAGAGACCAAAGAGCAACAUCACGGUGGAAGGCCGGAGGACGUCCGUCUCAAGCCCCGAGCACCUGGUAAAGCCCUUGCGACACUAUGCGGUCUUCCUCUCCGAAGACUCCUCUGACGAUGAAUGCCAGCGGGAAGAGGGCCCGAGCUCUGGCUUCACCGAAAGCUUUUUCUUCUCCGCUCCCUUUGAAUGGCCUCAGCCAUAUCGGACACUCAAGGAGUCAGACAGCGCAGAAGGUGACGAGGCAGAGAGCCCAGAGCAGCGAGUGCGGGAGCCCACAGGCCCUGCCCCAGCUCCACCUGACCGAGCUGCCAGCAUCGACCUCCUGGAGGACGUCUUCAACAACCUGGACAUGGAUGUCCCACUGCAGCCACUGGGCCAGGCCAAGAGCUUGGAGGAUCUCCGGACCCCCAAAGACCUGAGGGAGCAGCCAGGAACCUUUGACUAUCAGAGGCUGGACCUGAACAGGAGCGACAGGAGCCGCGGGAUGCCAAUGGCCUUGAAGCUCACCCACCCGUACAACAAGCUCUGGAGCCUGGGCCAGGACGACAUGGCCAUCCCCAGCAAGCUCCCGGCCAACUCCCCUGAGAAGCCCUCAUCCCUGCUUGGGAGCUCCCUGGCUCUGCCCCGCAGGCCACCGGCCCAGGACAGCAUCCUGAACCCCAGUGACAAGGAGGAGGCGCCCACCCCGACUCCGGGCAGCAUUACCAUCCCCCGGCCUCAGGGCAGGAAGACCCCGGAGUUGGGCAUCGUGCCUCCGCCCCCCACUGCCCGCCCAGCCAAACUUCAGGCGGCCAGCGCCGCCCUCGGGGACUUCUCAGAGCGGCCGCAGGCUGAGUGGGAAAGGCGAGCCCCCCUGAGUCCAGCCCCGUUCCCCGGGCUCCUCCCCAGCGCCGCCCGCCAAGGACCCACCGAACCACUGCAGCCGCUCAGCCUGGCCCCAGGGGCUGCAGGCACAAGUGGUGAUGCCCUGCUGGCCCUCCUGGACCCACUUAACACAGCCUGGCCAGGCAGUACCCUUCCACCAGGACCUUCAGCCCCAAACGUAGCCACCUCAUUCACACCCCAGUUCAGCUUCCCCCCAACAGGGACCCCCACCCCAUUUCCACAGCCAUCGCUCAAUCCCUUUGUGCCAACCGUGCCAGCGGCUCUGCCCGCCAUGCCCCUGGUCUCCACACCAGCCGGGCCUUUUGGGGCCCCUCCUGCUCCCCUGGGGCCAGCUUUUGCCCCCAGCCUCCUGCUGUCCAGUUCUGGCUUCUGUGUCCCACAUAGAUCUCAGCCCAACCUGUCUGCCCUCUCCAUGCCUAACCUCUUCGGCCAGAUGCCCAUGGGUGCCCACACCAGUCCCCUGCAGCCCCUGGGCCCCCCAAUGGUCGCCCCUUCGAGGAUCCGAACAUUGCCCCUGGCCCGCUCAAGUGCCAGGGCCGCUGAGGCCAAGCAGGGGCUGGCCCUGAGGCCCGGAGAAGCCCCCCUCCUUCCUCCCAGACCCCGGCAGGGCCUGGAGCCAGCACUGCAGCCCUCUGCUCCUCAAGAGGCCAGAGACCCCUUUGAGGAUUUGUUACGGAAAACCAAGCAAGAUGUGAGCCCGGCCCCUGCCCCAGGCUCAGUAGAGCAGCUCAGGAAGCAGUGGGAGACCUUCGAGUGAGCCAGGCGCCGAGAGCGAGGGCAAGCCGGGCCACGCGCUGUGCCGCCCGCCACUGUGCUCCGAGGCUGGCGGGCCCUGCUUCCCCUGCUGUUCUGUUUCCGCCCAGGUUCUGCCAGUGGGAAGGGAUGGGUCCCCUCUCUGCCGCCCCUCUUUCCCCUCCACGCCACCCAUCUCUGAGGUCUGGCCGCUAGCAGAUGGUGCCAGUUCCGGCCUGGGAAUGGACCCAGCUCCUGGGCGCCCACCCCAGUAGCCCUGCCAUCACCCCUCCCCUGCACCCUUGAUUAGGUUUUGCACUAAAGAGGUCAGCUGGGCGAAUGACUGCCCCAGACCAAGUCCUACCCACCGUCCUCCUGGAAACCUCCCGCCGGGAGCCCCAGGGCUCCACAAGGCCUCCCCUCCCCAGCUCUGUUCUCUUGCCCCAGCCGCAGCCCGGCCCUGCACACCCCCGCAGGAACCAGCACAGGCAUCGGUGGUGGCCUCGGUGUGAGCUCGUCUAUACCAGACACAUGUGGUCUGGAGUUUGGAGUAAGGAGCCCCCCCUCCCAGGCUGGAGAGCCUGCCUACCUGGAAGGGCAUUUACAACCCUCUCUAGCAAUACCCUCACUCGUUCUUUCUUUCUUGAGUCUUCACCCAACCCCAACCUUCAGUUGUUUCUGGCUUGGGAGGGAUUUGGGGCUGAGGGAUCCUUGGGAACCCUCUGACAGCCAAACACAGUCGCAGCCAGCCCUGCGUGGGGGCUGGGAGCACCAGCAACUCUUGAUUCGUAGAAGACAAAAGAGCAACAGGUAAACUGAGUGCAUCCGGAGGAGUCGGGCUGCCGUCCUGUGCUCUGCCUCUAGUAUGUACUGAAAUGGGGCCCAGCUUCUUGUCGCGUGGGACCUCGGGGGAAGAGCUGAGAAGCAGGCACCCAGAUCCCAACUGGGAAGCCAAGCUGAAUGCCACAGACUGAUGCAAGAGUCCCAGCUGCUGUUCAGGAAUGGGCAGGGGCUCUGAGCCCUUCUCCAGGCCCUGGGGGAGUACAUGAACUUGGCUUCUUGCAGCCUGGAGGCCGGAGAAGGGCCAGGAGCCACCCCCUCCCCCGCCCACAUAGCGUAGAAAUUCCUGAGGCCCACGUCACCAAAGCUAAAUUGAAAUGUUUUGUUAUUGUUUCUUUUAUCUAUCUUUUCCUUUCUACUUUAUUGAUUUGACGAUUCUUAAAAUUGACUAGUUUCAAUAAACCGAGUUAAAAUACGGCCCAACCAUUUAAGAAAACAACCAUCUGAGACAUGCAGGAAAUUGUGAGCAUUUUGACCUGAUUUCUCAUUUCCUAUUUGUGAAUGGUCAGACACACAGUCUCAGAGGUGUCUGACAGGGCCAGGGGGCUCCUGGAGGCCCCCAGAACCCCAAGGAGCCUUGUCAUCGUCUGAGGGACCCUGUGUGGGUCCGUGAGGCCGGGAGGGCUGGCCCGGAGUUUCUCGGACACCAGGUGCGAGGAGCUGCUGGCACACAGCCCCUUCCUGAGCCGGUCACGGCCCCUUGGGCAAGCCCUCUCUCUCUCUCUCAAUCUCUGCGUGUCCUCGGCCCGCUGAGGUGGCGAGGGAGCCACGUGGUGUCUGGGCACAUGGGCACCUCCAGGAUUCUCAGGUGUUUCCGCACCGGUUCCAGAUCCGCCCACCCACCCCGGGCAGCCCCCAAGCCCCAUCGGAGACAAAGUGUGAGAUGAGGGAUGCUGUGGGGCCCCAGGGAAGCAGAGCCCACCCCGUGGUCGGUCUCCCCGGCUGUGCUGGGGGCUGGUGGUGAGCACUCCGUGUUCUCGAGAGCAUUGUUGUCUCUUCACUGGCUGGAUUGAAUUUGCACCCAAGGGUGAAUGUUGUGUGUGCGUUCAAUAAAAUCUUCUUGGGGAGAAGGUUGG